UCGUUUCGAGGGCCGUCGGCCGUCGUAUACGUUCUUCGAUUCGAAUGACUGCCAGACAUCGCUCAUUCUGAUUUUACCCAGCGCGCCGGCCGCUCGCGCGCCCCUCGCUAUAAACAGCACGUGGUUUGUGUUUCGAACGCAUCCUAACCUAUAACCCGUCGGCUGCCAGCGAAUACGACACCGACCGAGAUCAUCACUCAUCCAAUAAAUAUAGGCUAUCGGUGGGAAACCAGGUCAUCAAAAUGGUCAAUGAAAGUAAAGCUCCCCAGGAGUUGGAAACGUUUCUGUCUCCACAAGAAAAAGGAAAUGAAAAAAUUGUUAGCAAAUAUAAUUUAGCAAAAGAUGCGGAAUCCGGUGAUUUUGAUCCCUUCACUGAGAGAAAGUUGGAUAACCCUACUUCAAACAAUGACACCCUCACCCAUCUUUUGAAGGCUUCUCUGGGCACAGGUAUCCUCGCGAUGCCCAAGGCUUUCAAAUGCGUGGGCUUAGUUUCUGGGGUAUUCUUCACCAUCCUCGUCGCUGUGAUUUGCACUCACUGCUCUUAUAUUCUUAUAAAAUGCGCCCACGUGCUUUACAAGAAAACGAAGAAGACCUCUAUGACAUUUGCGGAAGUCGGCGAGGCGGCGCUGGAGAACGGACCGCAGGGUUUAAGGAGAUAUGCUAAUGCCUUUAGAAUAUUUAUCAUCGUGAGUCUUUUCAUGACGUAUUUCGGAACUUGCUCCGUUUACACGGUCAUUAUAUCCGAGCACAUAAUGAAGGUUGUAGGAUUCUACACGAAAUCUGCCGGCGGGUACCAAAUCGAUAUAAGAUUAUAUAUAAUAGCUCUUCUUCUGCCACUCAUCUUCAUGGCUUGGGUGCGCAACCUCAAGUAUCUGGCGCCCGUGUCUAUGAUGGCUAACAUCUUCAUGGGACUCGGUUUGGGAAUCACUUUUUACUAUUUAGUGGGCACUGGUGAAAUGCAAAUUGAUAACAUGAAAAAUAUGCUUUUCAAGCAUCCAGUUGAAUGGCCAGAAUUCUUCUCCCUUACAAUCUUUGCCAUAGAAGCUAUUGGAGUAGUGAUGCCACUGGAAAAUGCCAUGAAGACGCCUCGCUCCAUGCUUGGCUUCUGCGGGGUACUGAACAAGGGUAUGACUGGCGUCACCAUUAUCUACUUCACUCUUGGUUUUCUCGGCUACCUUAGGUUUGGCGAGGAAGUGAAAGAUUCCAUCACACUGAAUUUACACGACGAUCAUAUCCCCGCUCAAAUCGUCAACAUCUCAAUUGCCAUUGCUGUGUACUGCACCUUUGGCCUGCAAUUCUACGUGUGUAUCGAAAUCGCAUGGAACGGGAUCAAAGAUAAGUUCACCAAGCGUCCCGACCUGGCCGACUACAUCAUGCGGACCAUCAUGGUUACGGGGUGCGUUCUCCUGGCCGUCGCUGUCCCCGCCAUUGCGCCGUUCAUGGGAGUCAUUGGCGCUUUCUGCUUCUCUCUUCUCGGUCUCAUUGCCCCUGCCUUUAUUGAAAUAAUCACUUACUGGGACAUCGGUUUCGGACCCUGCAAAUAUCUUAUCUGGAAAAACGUUCUGGUCACCUUAUUCGGUCUGUUCGCACUCGUCUUCGGGACCAGGGAGGCCGUAAGUAGUAUAAUACAGAAAUAUACUACGUAAUAAGUUAAAAAAUCCAACGGUGUUAAAACCACUUUUAAGGUCUUGAUACUAUUUCGUUGGUGUUUUUUUAUGAAUUAAUUGGUUGAAACAGACUGAUUUUGGAAUAAUGCCUCCGUAUUUCAAAUUGAUCAGUCUUUUUAACCAGAGACGGUUUGCUUGCUAAGUAUUUUAUUGUUAUACGUAUGAAUGUAAAUGUGUGUUCAGUUGUUCGUGAAAAUUCAAUGCAUUCCCAACCUUGUGAAAGAGAGGUGCUUGUUAGCUGUGCCUUAUCUUAAACCGUUAAGAGCGUGUCGCAACGGAAUAUGUCUAGGAAUGGGGUCAACCAAUAGGUAUUUGCAAUCUACGAAAUCUUAUAGGCAGCACUUUGUAUAAUAAGUAGUUCAUAUUUCACGUUCAUACCAUAUUAAAUAUUUCGUAAAAUUUAAAGUAAUUAUCCGUCUUUAUAUACACGAUAGUAAUGUAAGUAUAUAGUAUAAGUAUUUUGAAAAAUAUACUUUUUGAUAAAUUAUAAUUGUAUUAAAUAUGUAUAAAUACUUGUGCACUAUUUCUUAGCUUUAAUCUUUCUAAUACGCAGAUGCCUAUCGGUUCUUCAAUAGCCUUGACUAUCGAUGGACACGUCUCAUGGUUUUUGGUAGAUACUUCUUAUUCUUUUAAGAACAUUCAUAAUUUGGGUCGCGGCACAUUUGUCGUAAGUGCCUUUUUGUCUGUAAUUUAUCUGGCUAAAGUCAGAAACGUAAAAAUAAUGUCUUAAACGAAUUUCAAUUAGAUACGUUGGAAUGUGUGGAAUGUUAUCAACGACUUUAGAAACCUCCAUGGUCCUAGUAAACUCCAUAAAAAUCGAAAUACUUAUUCUACUCGUUUUUCAGAUUUUUAUGGUAAAUAGCUAUUUUUUUAGUUUCACAGGGUAGACAGAUUCACUAUUGGUUGUUCGAAUCUUCGACUGUAUUUUUUAGCAUAUUUACUAGGCACUGUCUGAAAUCAUGGAAUUAUUUAAGCCGUGAAACCUGUUUUUAAAUUAAUUGGCCAUAAAGGCUACUUAAUAGAUACAUUUUUUCAUUCAGACUGAUUAUAUAGGUUUCUGAAGUCGUUGAAUGAAAUGGUUUCAAGGGUAAAGCCUAAAGAGGCGAAAAUGUAUUUUGUUACAUAAAGGGUAAAUGUUUUCAUUACCUAUAUAACUGUUUUGUGUGCAUGGUUAUUUUAUAAUCAACUAGCUAUCGGAAACAGGCUGUCAUUGCAUUUAGUUUUAAGUAAUUAGUGAUUGCACAGAUCGAUUUUUUAUUUAGGAAUGUUUAGUGAGUAGGUAUCUACUUACAUUUAAAUGGGAAAUCAAGUUUCAAGUUUCCAAUACUUAUGUAAAUUAAAAGUAAUAACGUUGAAUGUUCGUAGUUGAAUUUUGAUAUUUUUAUUAGGUAAAAAGAUUUUUAAGACCUAUUUUUAUUGGGUAAACAGUCAAUACUCUAUAAAAAACUAUUUUUAUAGGGUAUUGCCUAAACAAAAAUAUCAAAGUAAAAUAAAUUUACACAUUUUCCAAUCCAGAUGAUUACAUAAAGCAAUUCUGUGUUCGUUACAUCAGAAACUGGAAUUAAUCUCUGUUUGUGUUGGAUGACAUCUAGAUUAAAGGUGACUUCUUUGUUCAUUAUAUAUUAAGAUAAAUGACUGAAGACCGCAGAAUUGCUUUAUUAUCCAGAUUAAGAAACAGAGUUUAAAAGGAAAUUGACAAACCCAAUCAAAUAAAAUUAAUAAUAUAGUUACUACAUAAAGAAUCUAUCUGCGACUUUCUUAUUAAAUAUAUAAUAGGUUUUAAAAUAUUACAUUUGGGUCAGAUUAGAAUCUUGCUUUUUUAAUUUGCAUGACUGUAUACUCUUUGUAAAAGAGGCCUUCAAAAUAGAUAUUGAAUAGGUAUCCAAAGAUUGAUGUUAUUUGUCGAAGUAUAUUUUAAAUCAUGGACUUUACAAAUAAUUUAUAUUUACUUACAACUUGUUCAAUUUUUAUGCGUAAGAGCAGUUUUCAUUAAUGGGUGCUUUGAUAUGCAGAGGUGAAUUGCAUCCAUUUUUAUCAUUAUAUUAAUUAUACACAUAUUAUAACCAAUGUAUUAAUGUUUAUGAAAAUAGUACUUUUAUCACCGAUUUUUAUAUAAAAAUCUUACUAGUAUUAACGAAAAAAUUGGUAAUAUUGCAGAGACUUAAAAAGCCGGCGUCGGCUAUUUUGAUUUGCUCUGUGAUAACCUCUCUCUACAAAUCUUACAUUUAUUGAAACGAGUCCUAAUACUAUCCUUACUAUAAGAUUUAUAUAAUAUUCUGCAAAAUUAUGUAUUUUAAAGAACAAAUGCAACAAUUUUAUUGAAUGCCGAUUAAAAAUUAAUUUAUUAUAAUUAAAAGUUCCUAUUUGAUACGAUUGUCCGUAUAACAGUUUAAAUGCCACAAAGUACUUACAUAUAGGAAUUAUUCACGACUGAUAUCUGUUGUUUUGAAAAAUGCCUGUAUGUAUUAUCAGUUUAAUGAUGUUAUUUUUAUGCAUAAUACGCGCAAUACCUUUGCUGUGAAUAUACACAAAUGAAGUAAAUACAUA